AUGGCGCUGUCGGUAAUGACGCCCUCCGAGCCUUUCUUCUACCACCAGGGCCCAUUGAGGCACCCUCAGAACCAGUUGACGCAGUACUCUGACCAUCCAUUCCAGUUUUCCCGGUUUCAGACGUACAGUACUAUGUCCCAUCAAGAACACCAGCAAUCGCAGCCCGUACAUAAUCCGACAUCGCCUUCGGUCCCCAUCGAUCCGGCUCUGAGUAUCUAUUCGCCCUACCCACAGUAUUACCCCCAGCACGACCAGCAACAACACCAGCAGCAGCAGCAUCACCCAGCUCAACAGCAGGACCAAGCACACAUUCUGCCCCACCAUCUCUCCGGACCAUUGAGCUACUCGUCCCCCGGCUCCCAGUUAUCAGAUUCAGUCGGAACACCACCCAUGGACGCCAUGUACUCCACCGCCUCGUCUGCAAAUUUGAACGGAAAACGCCCCGCGACUAGUACCGUUACCAAUGACACCCGGAAGAAGCAGAAACGCGAUGAAUCCGACGCUCAGAGUCCUGCUGCAGAGAAGUCAGAGGAACCCAAGCCUAAACCGACGCGGGGUUCUCGUGCCUGCACCGUUUGUCGACGGCUCAAGAUGAAAUGUGUGGGAGCCGAACAUGGUCCCCCUUGCAAGCGCUGUAUAACCGGCAACCACGAGUGUAUCUUUGAAGAAUCAAACCGAGGGAAACGGUCUUCCAAGAAACACGAGUUGCUAUCACGGUCGCUUCGCAAGAUGGAAAAGACGCUUGACACUGUUCUCCGUUCCAUCGGCAAUCCGAGCAUUGUGUCAGGCAUGGUAUCUCGGUCCCCUUCUCCCGGAGCCCAGGGUCGAUCAAGCCUCCUUGGUCGUUCCCCUUCGCCACCUCCGCCUACCUCUUUCGCUCCCCCACCGCGUGCUGGAUCACCCAAGUUGCACUCCCUCCCAGACAAUGCACUUAACCCCUUGGGUCUCCUCGCAGAAGCUAGUCUCGCGAAUAGGCGGUCCCAAGCUUCGAAUCCAAAUGCAGUAACGGAAAGGAAGGAGAAAGACACGCCUCAGGUUGGCGUUGCGAGUGACAACUACUUCAAGCCAGGCCCAAUGACGAUUUUGCCUUUGAGACGGCUGUACAUCGAACGUCAAGUGCAACCCGAGAUGCUCAGCUUUGUUACAACAGAGGAAGUUGUUGCUCUGUUCAACAUUUAUUUCGAGCACAUCCAUAUGCACUGUAACUUGUUGGACAGAAACUUCCACACGCCAUCCCUCGUGUGUUCGCGUUCGCCUUUCCUAUUAACAACAAUUUGCUCCAUCGCCAGCAAGUUUUACACUGCAAAGCCGGAGCUCCAUCCCCGCCUGACAGAGCUAGCGAAGAAGCUCGCGUUCAGCGUACCGGCAAAGGGAUACAAAUCCGUUGAAAUUGUUCAGGCAUAUCUACUUCUCGCGCUCUGGGGCUGUGGAGCCGUUGAAAGAUAUGAGCAGGACAAGACGUGGAUGCUGCUCGGCAUGGCGAUCCGUAUGGCAACCGAUCUCAAUCUGCACAGGAAAACUGCGGUGACAAGUGCAGAUAAUGCAGAAGGCAAGGCACGGGACAUCGAAGUCCACAAUCGUGAACGGACUUGGAUUAUGUGCUUUGUGCUUGAUCGAAGCUUCAGCGCACAGAUGGGUAAACCCAACUCAAUCAAGGAGGAUUAUAUUAUUCGACACGCCAGCACCUGGUACCGUUCUCCUGUCUCGAGUCCAUCAGACGCUUCCCUGGUUGCUUAUGCGGAAUUGCAACGGAUAUUGUCGAGAAGCCUUGACUUCUUGUACAGCGGAACCGAUACCGUGAACGGAUUACAAACGCAUUGCGAUUAUCUGCUCGUCAUCAAGACCUUCGAGACGCAACUGUAUGCGUGGAGGCAGCAGUGGUACAACGAGCGCAGCUGGGAGGGCGAACCUCCUCAGGCAGUGGCGUACAAGCGUCUGAUCUCCCAGUUCUAUUUCAACUAUGCCAUGCUGGUGUUGAACUCCUUUGGGCUGCAGAAUGCUCUGGAACGCGCUCCGCUUAAUAUUGGACAUUUCUUUGCCAGAUGUCAUACUUCUGCCAUCACUUGUGCGACGCUCGUGCGAGAUGAACUGGGGCCUAGUGGGUUCAUCAAGUACUCCCCUGAUUCCCACUUCGUCCAGAUCUCUUAUGCCGUUUUAAGCUUGCUGAAGCUCAUCCGUCCUGAAUUCCAAGCUUUCCUGGACAACGAGCAAGCAACACUGCAAUUGGUCAAGGAUGUUGCUGACGUUCUUGACAACAUUGCCGCGAACCCCCUACACACCCCUGCCUUGUACAGCGGUUUCCUGCGUGCUCUCAUCUCUGCCAAGCUAGAGCCGCAGCUGCCUCUUUCCGCACCAGAGGAGCCGACGAACAACUCUGGCCCCGACAGCAAUGCCAACAACAACAACUCGAACGCUGUGGACGGAAACAACGACUCCAACGCUCCUGCCACAUCCUCUUCAAACCAAAAUUCCGAGAUGCCCCCUCCCAACGGCUUCCUUCAUCAUCAUCACCCACAAACGCAGUUCUCUCAUCAUGAAACCAACCAGAACAUCUCGUUCUCGUUGAAUGAGUUCCAAUUCGAUAGCGAGAUGGGGCCUGUGGCUGACAUCUCGACAUUCCCACCUACGAUGGCGCCCCCACCUGCUGAACAGGAGAUGGGGGCUAUGACCAUGGAGAACAUUCUCAGUAGUGGAUUCUGGGAUAGUAUGCUCGUUCCAGGUUAUAACAGCCUGGAUGGUUUCAGCGGUGGCUUCGUGUUUGGUGCUGGCGGAAGCGGGCUCAUCACGCCCCGCUUUGGCAUCUCGCCUAUGCAAUCCGGCGCUAAUACCCCUGCUACGUCUGGCCAGCACGUUCCCCUGACGCAGAGCAGCAUCAACGCUGCUUUCAGCAAGAACCAGCAAAUGUCCGAGGCCGUAAAGGUUGAUGCCUCGUAG